AUGCCGGUCAAAUUUUGGUUCUCCGUGACAAAAUCAUUGAGGUGCAAAUUAGAGCCAUCAGAUGUGCAUGAUCCAAAGGCCAAGAGAGAUCUGAGCAACAUUCAGACAAGAAACUCAAUCAAGUCUGGAUGUUCAAGAUCCUUGUCAAAUCUAAGAGAGAUGAUUCAUGGGAGCUCGAGGCAUAUAGAGAAGCCACCAACUAGCCCAAUAUCUCUAGAAAGCAGUGAUUUUCUCAAACCCAUAGCACAUGAAGUAGUCCUUAGCGACACUCAAUGUGAACUGAAGAUUACUGGGUUUGGUGGAAGAAGUGGCGACACGGAUGAUUCAACCUUUGUUAACAUCCUUAAGCUAGGGACACCUCGUCCUGGAGGACAUGACAUUGUUAGCUAUCCAAGAAACAAAUAUGGUGAUUCUCCUAUUUAUGGUAAUGGCAAUGGUAUAUCUUCCAAGCCUAGAAGGUCUCAUGAUGCAGAGUCCUAUGGUUCUCCAUUUUUAAUUUGCAAGAAAUGUUGUGCAAAAUUUAAGAAGUUGGAUGCUUUUGAAGCACAUCAUCUUUCCAACCAUGCUGGUAAGAGGCCUUAA